UGUGUUGCGCGCCAAGGGGGGGGCCUCUGAGAAGAACGGCAAACAGACUGGGCGGAAGGAAAAAGAUGUAACACCGAAUAAAGGCUGUUGAAGAUGACCGUGAAAGGCCUCCGCUGCCUUCUCCGGACAGGAAGAACAUGUUUCCUUCGGGUUCCAUUUAGUACAUCGCAGGUUCUGUGGUAUAAGAAGUCAUCAACAACGGUUACACAGGGGGACUCUGCUUCAACAGAUAAGCAUUUUAAGGAAACAAGUUGUGCAAUAGAUGACCUUUAUUCCUCUGAAGAGAAAUCUACCGUUUUGCACCUACUCAAUUCAGCAUCCAAAGAAGAACUUACUGCUCUGAAACUAAUACGAGGAAGAAAAUCGGCUAAAAUAAUAGAUCAUAGGGACAAGCAUGGGCCAUUUCAAAAUUUACAGAGUUUACUGGAAGUGCCUACGUUUCAAUAUAAAACAACUAUUGAAGUGUGCAAUUUUAUUCUCAAACAUUUUACAAAAGAAGGAAAAGCUGUGAAAAAUCAAAAUCCUAUCUCUAUUAUAAUGAAAUAUGUCACAUCUGAAAUAGAGAGAGAAAGACUGAAGGCAGCCAACAGCAUUGUAUCUGUGGUUUUUGGCACUCGCAAAAUUGCAUGGGCUCAUGUUGAUAGACACUUGACUGUUCAGGAUUGGCAGCAGCAAGAAUACACAAUGUUUAUGAAAGGAAGCUAUGUGCCAGCGUUGUAUCUUGAAGAGAUUUCUUCUGUCGUAUCAAAGUUUCCAGAAGCAGAUUUUUACGUUUUAGAAAAAACUGGAUUUUCUAAUCACAAUCCAGGCUUGUUUCCAGUGUCACUACAUCAGCGUACAGUAGAAGCUAUGUUGUAUGCAUUGUUACAUAAAACAUUUGCACAGAAUGGUGAGCAAAAAGUACUGAGUAUGCCCCGAAAUGCUGUAGGAAAAUAUUUUGGACUAAUGGUGGGGGGCGCCAGAGCUAGUGGAAUAGACCUUGUAAAAAAAUUUCUCUUGGAAUCGCUAACACAAGCUGAGGCCCGUGUGAACUUUCCCAACCACCAGAUACUUUGCUAUAGAAAUGCACUAUUAGUCAAACAAAAGAGGGAUGAGGAGCUAUGCGACUCAUUGCUACAAGCAAUAGCUUUUUGUGAAUUUCUAAGGCAAGAUACGACUUAAUUCUUACUGGAUUUGAUUUAA